AUGACGACUUCAACAGAGAAUACGCCAAGGUCAAGCACUCCACCAUCUCCCUCUGUCAACCUGACUCGAGAAUACACCCUUGCAGUUCAAACCAAUUCCUACAGCGAAAUAUGGUUACAGAUUCACCCCAACAACUGUUCUUACCAAGAAAUAGACCUAGAGCACUUGGAGGCCCAUGAAGACCAGCAGCGAUUAGCACAUCUCCUUCAACCAAACAGAGAGCAUGUCAAAGAGGCACUUCGCUAUGCCAGACCCAGCACCCUUACCCGUCUUGUUUCUGCCUACUUUGACCACAGUGAGCACACUUCCCAACUGUGCCUCCUCCUCCACCAAAGCGUUCUUCGAGCCCGCUCCGUCUAUGCUCCUUUGCAUGAUCUACUCGACGUGCUUCCUUCAGACUCUGAAUCUAUGACCCAAUCCCAGUGUGACCGAGCCUUUGAUGUCUUCCUUCAAUUUGACUGCCUUGACAACCCCUUCCCACCCCCCGACUCCCACAAUUUCAAUGACAUGCGCUCCUGCUUCUCUGAACUCAAGCAACAGCUCAACCGUCAUCUCUCCAAGUCCCACUCUAGGGUCCGCAUCCUCCACCGUGGUACUACUGGCUCUGCCAUUUGUUUAAUUGGCACUGCCGUUGGUGUUGUCAUAUCUGCCAUAGCCAUUGCUAGUCACGCUCUUGUUGCUCUUGUUGCAGUCCCGUUGCUCCCUACAUUACUACCCUCCAAGAUGACCAAGAAAGAGCUGGCUCAUCUGUCACAACUUGAAGCAGCUGCCAGGGGCACUUAUGUCCUGCACAACGACCUAGACACCAUUGAUCGCCUGGUGGCUCGUCUUCAUACAGCGGUUGAGGGCGACAAGCUUCUCAUUCGGCUUGGUUUGGAGAGGGGAAGGGACAAGCAUCCCAUUCAGGAGGUAGUGAAGCAGCUUUGUAGGAACCAUGACAGUUUCUUCCACCAGCUCAUGGAUCUUGAGGAACACUUAUGCCUCUGCUUUACUGCAAUCAACCGGGCCAGGUCUCUCCUCCUUCAAGAGAUCCGUCUUCAUGAAACUCAGAGUUCCUAA